AUGCUAUGGGCUAUAUGCACGACUCCAAAGGAGGGAGCGGGCGUUACUCCGUUUCACUUGGUAUAUGGAGGAGAGGCGGUCGUCCCAGUCAAAGUCGGUGUAGAGUCCGAGCGGAUAUUGGACUACGACAAGGACAACGCCAAACGGAGACAGCUAGAGCUGGAUUUGAUUAACGAGGAGCGAGCCAAAGCAGUCGCCCGACUAAUGGAAUACCGACAAAGGAUGAGGCGGAAUUAUAACAAGCGAGUAAUCCCCAGAGUGUUUCAGGUCGAUGACCUAGUAUGGAAGAAGGUAAAGUCGGUCGGCGAUGUGAGUAAGCUAGAGGCCCCAUGGGCCGACCCCUUUAAGGUCAUUGAAAAGCUUAGAUCGGGUGCCUACUAUCUCGAAGAUCAAGACGGGCGACGGCUGGAACGACCAUGGAGUGCGAACCAUCUUCAGCGGUACCAAGCUGGGUGA